ACGUCUCGGUUCCCAAAAUCAAAAUUGGAACGCGAGCACCAAUCUGGGAGCUAUCGGAACCCCAUUUCCCAAUUGUCCCGGGAGGUUCGGAACCGUUGGGGGGUUGCUCGCGCUUUCCCCCAAUCGUUAUUGCUAUCGUCAUCGUUUUGAAUGUUGCUUCGCUGUACGCAAUUACUGCUCAAACAACCCUACCUGUUUCGUGCGGAUUGCUUCUUCUAGCUCGCCUCGCCGCUCGGACUAGGUAGAUCUGAGACGGAAAUGCCGUGGUGCCCAUUCCCUUGCAUAUGCAAAAGGAUUUGCUCCAUCUUUUGGGAUGAGAUCUACCGCGUUUCUGAUUCCGUGCCUGGUGCUGCUGCCUGCACAACCUAGUUGCUUGUUUUCCUCCUCAAAUUGUUUGGUUCGCCCUGUACUUGCUUAAGAUCGUGGGUAGGCCCCGGUUUGGUGAUUAACUCACGACAGGCUGCUGGAAUUUGAGGUUGUUUCUAUCUGGCAAGGACAAUAAAAGAAAGGGUAGUUGAAAUUUGAAAAGGUGAACGGGUUAGUGUGGCUUGCCAUUGUUAAACACAAAAGUAGUUGCCCGCCCCAGGGAUGAUGUCCAUUGGAGGAUCCUAUGCCCAAUUGGUAAGCUUGUAGCCUUGCGGUAACCAUGCUCCACUUCGGCAGCGUGGUGAUAGGUCCUCUUUGAAUGCCUUGUUUAAUGACAACCUCUCUCUUUGAAUGCCUCCUGAAAUGUUGCUAUCCUUGGUUCAUCCCGAUUGUGUGUGUGUGUUUGAUACGGCAUUUAUGCCUUCUUUGCAGGCUGAGCUCCACACUGGUUCUUGGAGGUUUGUGACAGACUACUGGGUGAGCACACCCACGCAGAAAGGGAAAGAAAAGUAGAGAGAGAAAGAAAGAUCUCAAUGGUUUGAAGUCUUCUGGAGAAAACAAGAGCAAUGUGCUGUUGUAUACUGGACUUGUUGAAGGAGCACCCCAUAUAUUUGUAGGAGAUACCUGUACGCUUGACUCAUGGGCGACUGGGUUAUAGGGGCGUUGAUAAACAUUGUUGGGAGUGUUGCCAUAAACUUCGGUACUAACCUUCUGAAAUUGGGCCAUGAUCAGAGAGAAAAGCUUUCUGCAAUUAACAACAGCGAGGGCAAUGACAAAUUUGUUCCAAAGUCAGUUAUGCAUUUCCAGACUUGGAGAAUAGGUAUACUCUUCUUUGCUGCUGGCAACUGCCUCAACUUCAUGUCCUUUGCAUAUGCUGCACAGUCACUUCUUGCAGCUCUUGGAUCAAUCCAGUUUGUGUCCAAUAUUGCAUUUGCCUAUUUUGUGUUGAACAAGACUAUUUCAGUGAAAGUCAUGGUAGCCACAACGUUUAUUGUCUUUGGCAACAUUUUCUUAGUUUCCUUCGGCAACCAUCAAUCACCUGUUUACACACCGGAGCAGUUGAUAGCAAAAUACAGCAAUUUGGUGUUUGUUCUUUAUUGCAUGUCAUUGGUUUUUGUGGUUGCAUUCAACCAUUAUCUCUACAGGAGUGGAGAGACUAUUAUUUCAAAUAGUUCGAAAGAUGCUGGUACAUAUUGGCGAACAAUGUUGCCAUUUUCUUAUGCUGUUGUAUCGGGUGCUAUUGGAUCUUGCUCAGUCUUGUUUGCAAAAUCAUUGUCUAAUAUGCUGAGGUUAACUAUGAGCAGCAGAUACGAGUUCCAUAGCUGGUUCACAUACUCAAUUGUUCUGCUGUUUCUGUGUACUGCAGGAUUUUGGAUGGCUAGACUGAAUGAAGGGCUGUCAUUAUUUGAUGCAAUACUGAUUGUUCCAAUGUUUCAAAUUGCAUGGACCUUCUUCUCUAUUUGUACAGGAUUUGUUUACUUUCAGGAAUAUCAAGUAUUUGAUACUCUUAGGAUAAUUAUGUUUGUGUUGGGCAUGACAUUUGUCUUCUUGGGGAUCUCCUUGCUAGCACCCGAUGACAGUAAAGCAGCUGACACCAAAGAUGGUUUGAGCGCCACCGAGGAAUCCGUAAUUGACAUGGACAGAAAUGGUAAGAUGCAUAUGGAAGAGACACAAGCAGAUGGUAGCAACUCCUUUGUAACUUCUGUAAAAGUAAAAGCAAAACGUGUAUUGUUGAAGGCAAAGUCGGCAUGCUCCAUGUCCCUUGGCCUUGGGGAGGAGAGCAUAAGCGCUUCGUCGGUGCUUGCAAUGCCCAUGGUCUCAUCAAGAACAACUGGCUUCAGAGGAAUCGGAAACGAGCGGUCGAAGUAUGUCCCCUUACGAACCACAGAUUGGAGUAAUCUAUAGCCGAUGUUGAUCUAUAGAUACACAUCAAAGGUCUUGACUUUCGAUGUUGCCUACGGAUGCCAGUGAAGUUUUUUGUUGCUCCCGAGGGCAAUUAUCUGUUCUAAGUCAUAGUUAGAUGUUAGCCUGUAAGAGUGUAUAGUUCAACGCCCCCCGCCCCUCCUCUCUAAACACUGUCCAUACCCAGGUUGUAAUUCUUGGAAACAGCUGCCCGUACUACAUGUGUAAACAACCCGUUUUAGGAUGAAAAUUCGAGCGAUUCGGACAAGUCAGUAGAAAUUGGGUGGCGACAAGUUCUUCAUUC